CAAACAAAAUUCGUUAUUUUCAUGACUGAUAAAUGAUCACAACAAAGCCCAAAGGAAACCUCUAUUCUUACUAGAUCUAGAUCUCUAGACUCUAGAUCUCUAUUCUAGAGAUUUGAGAAAUCAUGAUUAAGUUUUAGAUCUAGAUCUAGACUAACUCUUUACUCUUUAUCAUGAGUUGCAUUUGAAUUGUAGAAUCUAGAAUAUUAUAGUUCUAGAUCUAGAAUUAGAUCUAGAUUCUAGAUCUAAAUCUACUUCUAGUACUAGAAUCUAUCUAGAUUUGGUAAUCUAUCGUUUUGGGUACGUAAAAUCACCCGCGACUUGUAAUGUGAAAACCAGACCUGAGACCAAUCAACACCCAAGAUUCAAAAAAUGAAUGAGAUCGACGUUUUUGUUGGUAACAACUGUGUAAUAUCACCAGAAAUUUAUGAACUUUGGCUGAAAGGAUACACAGCUCCGGAAGCUGCGAGAAUUCAACAAAAUAAAGUAGCUCUCAAAGUGUAUGGUGCGAACUUUGAAGAUCUCUUAAGUGAUAUUGUCGACUAUUAUCGCAUAUUUACUGGCCUGGAAGAAAUGUUGAAAACACCACCAAGAUUAAGUCACCAACUGGUUUAUCAGUUUGAUCCUGAUACCAUACACAUGUUGAUUCAAAAAUACUACAGUUUUGAUGCUCCAUUGAUUCGAGAGAUAUUUGGACGUAAAUUAAAUUCUCGCAGUAGGAAAGAUCUGGAUGACUUAAGUGAAGAAACUGACAUUCCUGUGCGCAGUUGUAGAAGACAGUUUGACAAUGCCAAGCGAGUUUUCAAAACAGUUGAAGAAUUGAGUGGCCGUUUGGUAGAUAACAUUCAAACACAUUUUUGUCUGUCUGAAGAAUUGGCCAAAGCAUAUGCUGCUAUAGUAUUUAUCACAAACAACAGAUUUGAAACUGGCAAAAAAAAGUUAAGCUACCUUAGUUUUGAAGAUUUUGCUGUCUGUGCCAAUUACAUGAUCUCUAACUGGUCUUACAGUUCAGAAGAAUGUCAGAACCAUGAGGAUAUGGAUGUGGACAUGGAUAGAGACUUCCUGCUGGAUCUUAGAGAGUUUAAGGUUCUCAUGGAAAGAGAGUAUGCAGAAGAGCACAGAAGUUUAAUGAUUCGUACACUACAGCCUGUUAUGAGAGAAAAGGUUCUUACUGAAAUGGAUGCUAAUUUUAGAUCUGUAUCAAAGACCAUUAUAAAUAUUGCAAGUGGUUUAAAUCAUAGCAAGGAAUCAAGAGAUAUUUUCAUUGAUGUGCUUGAAAAGUUAAUUGAGCCUUGGCAACAACUAUCAUGGACCAAGCAAGAUGCCAUGUAUUUUCUCAAUGCUUUCAAAGAAACGGCUUUACAACUUGAUAUUUUUCGAUCUUCUCCCAAGCUGGUGAAAGUCUGGGAGAGAUACAUGAUGACCUUCAAUCCAUUGGUCUUACAAAUGUACCCGAAGUAGUUUGUAGAAUUAUUUGUGCAUGUAAUGUAAAUAAAUUGCUUUAUUUAA